GAAAAUCAUAGUAUCCAUAACAUAAAAUAUUGUUUUCCUAAACCUAAAGUGAAUCGGAAAUAAUGAAGGCAUUGGAAUUAUACAGCGGCAUUGGAGGGAUGCAUUAUGCGUUACAUGAGAGUGGAAUUGCAGCUAAAGUUGUUGCAGCAAUUGAUAUAAAUCCUGUUGCAAAUGAUGUUUAUCAUCACAAUUUCUCGGAAACUGUUCUUAUGAAUAGAAAUAUUCAGUCCAUUAAUGCACAGGAAUUAAACAAGUUAAAUGUAGACAUUAUGUUUAUGAGUCCUCCGUGUCAGCCUUUUACUAGAUUAGGAUUAAAGAAGGAUGCUCUUGAUAACAGAAGUUGUUCUUUGCAACACAUUUUGAACUUGUUGCCAGAAUUGAAAAAUUUAAGAUAUAUUUUGUUUGAGAAUGUUAAAGGUUUUGAAGUAUCUCAAAUGAGAGACAGAUUAGUAGAAUGCAUAAAAAAUUGUGGCUAUGCCUAUAGAGAGUUAAUAUUAAGUCCAUGUCAAUUUGGUGUGCCAAACAGUAGACACAGAUAUUAUUUACUGGCGAAAAGAAAUAAUCUGAAAUUCUGUUUUAAACAGUCCUUGUUAGGGAAUAAUUUAUUUCCUGAAUUAUUUGAAUUAUUACCAAAAAGUAAACACUCAGUAUUAGCGGAGAAAGAAGGUAAAAUUAAUCAGAAAUCUGGCAGACUGUGUUAUACAUUAAAUAAUAUUUUGGAACAUAUUGAAGAUUCAAAAUAUUUGGUGCCUUCUAAAUUACUACAAAAGAGAGCAUGGGUAUUAGAUAUACGAACAUCUGAGAGCAAUGGUUCCUGUUGCUUCACCAAAGGAUACAGUUAUUAUGCAGAAGGUACAGGAUCUGUAUAUUGCCCAUUUACAGAUGAAAUAAUCAAAUCAAAGUAUAAUGAAAUUGCUAAUUACGAAAAUGAUUCGAAUAAGCAAAUGCAAAUUUUAUCAGAUUUGAAACUUAGGUUUUUCUCACCUAAAGAGAUAUGUCGAUUAAUGUGUUUCCCAGAAGAUUUUCAUUUUCCAGAACAUAUUACAGAUAGACAAAAAUAUCGGCUGCUAGGAAAUUCAAUUAAUAUUCAUGUAGUUAGUAGAUUAAUACUUUUAUUAUGUACUGAACAUGAAAAUGUAUGAAAAAUCAAUGGAUUUGCUACCUUUUUCCAUCUUUUAUCUCGUAACUUAAUACUUUUGCAAUAUUUCUUAUAUAUUCUUACAUAUUAGGGAGAGAGAGGGAGAA